GAUUAAUCUUCAUGGCAGAAGUAACAAGAAUCCAAUCAAUCGCCAAGUUGGACUGUGGUCACGAUCAAAGUGACGUUUUUUAUAUUCAUAAAUGUUUGAAGACUUUUUGUGAUGAGUGCAGGCAAGAAAAUCGUUUAAGUGUCUUAUGGAACAUUGAACUCGUCAAAACUGAUUAUCUCAAAGCCAUUGAAAGGAAAAGAUGAAGGUAGUUCCAUUUGCAACAAUCGAGCAAUUUGCCAUUGUUCGUGUGGAAAUAAAGAUUUUUGUGAUAUUCAUUUCGUCAGAUUUCAUAGUAUAGUUUAUCAACCAAGAAGAUGUUUGCCCACGAUUAUCGAUUCGGACUCAAACGACGAAUCAUGUUCCAGGUGUGACUAUUUCAUCGCUAAAUUUAUGGACCAGACAACUAAUGAGUUUUUCUGUGAAUAUUGCAAAAAUGAUGAUAACUCAUCCAAUUUCGUGGAAAUUGCACCAGACAACAACGAUACAAACAACAGAAAUAUUACCGAAAAUCUUAAAAUUUAUUGUGCUGAUGUACAAAAGCGAUUGGAUCUGUUGAACACAAAACUAAAUGAGUACACGAUCGAAAUAGAAAACGAAAAGGCCGAAUUCAAUAAAAGGAUUGGUCGUAUGCGAAGUGAAUUAAAGUGUUACUUGAGCGCUAACAAGGUCAAAAUUGAUUCUUUGCGAGCGGAAGUGGACAAAGUUAAACAAUUUUUGAAUCAAUUGAAUCGAAGUGAUAAAUUUGGAAUAUUCGAUCUCAUCAAGUCGAAUAAGCUUAACAAUAAGCUUGCGGACACGAAAUUAAAGUUAUGGGUCGAAGAGAUAGUGAAAUCGUUCGUUAUUCCUGAAUUGACCAAAUCGGGUGUAGAUUGGGCUAAAGAAUCUGAAAAAGCUUUUCGAGAGCUGGUUCCUGGUCCACGGAACUGGAAUCUCAAUCAUGGUCCAUUCUUUCCUGAUAGUUUACUCGAAUUAACCUACGACUUAAUCAAAGAUAUGAAUUCGCACAAAGAUAGCUGUUUAGAUUCAUCUUGUUACUGUCAACAAAACAGCCUCAUGAAAAAAUUUCACGGCCUCAAGACUAAAGGUAAACUUUCACAAAAUAAUCUAGAUUAUUUGCUCGACUGCUGGGCCACUGAUGGCGGUGAUGUAACUCUAUUGAUUGAAACUGGUAAACGAGCUCUUAAUCAGUCUGAUUUUCUCAUCGCACGUGUUUGUUUUGAAGAAGCUCAUCGAAUCAGUCCGACCAAUUGGAUUGUUCUUGACACUUUAAUGGUUCUUUACUUCAUUUUCAAUGAUAACAGUAAUUGUCUUAAGCUCGCAAUCAAAGGUUUGACUUCAGAUUCUAAUUACUUCAAAGCUCGUGUUUUAAUAUCAGAGAUUUUGAAAUCAACACCAACUUUAAAAUCAGAAAUACCUGUUGAUCUUGAUUAUCUGAUUCGGGGUAAAUCCACAGAUGAUUUGACAAGAAAAACAAAAAUUUUAGACGAACUCAACAAGACGAAACAACUUCGUGAUGGACAAAAGAAGACUGAAACUCAACAGGAAAGGGUUCGAAAAUCUUUGCAAUUAGACCUCAAUUCAGAAACACUUUCAUCAUUAAAAUCCCUGAUUUCAGCUAUAAUAACUGUUAGUAGUGACAUAGAAAAACAGCAUGUCAAUUAUAGAACAGUGAUAACAUUGAAAAUUACUGACAAUCCUCGUUUCAAUGCUUCUGUAAGUAACAGGUCGAUUUCUUCCAAGAAAAGCAGAACAAUAAACGAAAGAGCCAAGGUGAUGAUCCAUCAGCAAAACGAAGACCAGUUCAAGAUUCACAGCCAAAAGAUCCAACAGACGAAAAUAUGUACAAAAAGAUAUUCUCAAUGUUGCCUGAAAGUAUUUUAACCCCUGAAAUAUUAGUAUAUAAUAUAAUAGUACAAGAAGAUGAUUUAGAAGUACAAACACAAAACGAAGCUCAAGUGGAACAUUUAAUUUUAACCCGUUACCGCUCGAAACAAAUGCCAUUUGAUUCUAAAGGUAAACAAAUAUAUCGGCUCAUCACUGAUCUUCUCUAUGAAAUAGCAAACGAAGCCACUGCGAUCAAAUUACCUUCUAAUUUCAUGAAGCUGUAUAGAAUUUAUCGAAAAUGGAAUAAGUUACCGACACCUUUAACGUGCUCUGUUGAAGAUAUAAGUGUUAACAAAACAAAAUUGAUCUUGAUUGCUAAUGAAGUUCAGUUCGAUAAAUCCGAAGCAAUAUUUCUAACUGAAUCGAUUCCAUAUCUCCGAGAUUUAUUCGAUACCAACGAUUAUGAUAAAUUUUUCAUUCGUCUCAUGAUACUUCGAGGAGUCAAAGAAUCCAAAGUUGAUUAUCUUCUAAUGGCAAAUGAAAUGUUUACUAAAUCUAAACUGAAAUCAGUUCAAGCAGCAAAUCAAACUGUUUACACUUCUUCUAGUCUUAGAUCGAUGAUAAACAAGAUGAAUGAAAAUAAUUUGGACACGUUAUUGGACCAACAUCGACACGAGGAAAUUUUUGAACUACUAGCAUCUAAAUCUGUGCAUUCUACACGAGAAGAAGUGUACUUUUGUCAAGCCAUUCAGUCAUCAAAACAAUGGAAACAUGGAAUCGAAAUUAUUGCUAAAAGUGAACCAUUAACUGUUCGAUUGUUAAAACUAUUACUAUAUAAUCUAAAGAAGAUUGAUAGAACAUCUAUUGAUCGAGAAUUAGCGAUCAAAUUGCUAGAAUUGGGGACCGAAGAUCACAAUGCACUGGCCUGGACUUGUAUUCUACAAGCAUUCAUAAACGAGAUGCAACUUGGUAACAUGAACGAAAGAAAAGUUGUCGAUUUGAUUACUUCAGUUAACGAUUAUCUAGAGAAUAAAAAAGAUUAUUGUUAUUCCAAUGUAGAGUUUUCUCUUCUUUCAAUUGAUUACUUGAACAAUCACGCAAAUAUCGAGAGAGUGAAAUUAAUGUUUAGCUGUCAUCAAUUUCUUCAAAGAAUAAAACGAUCCUUAAAAGUCAAUUGAGACUAAACCAAGUAUUCCAAAAAAUCACGUUACUCAAGAUCCUUAUUAUUUAUUCUUGUUGAAUCAACUAUUACAUGUCCUUGUAUGUAAUGCUUCUAAUUGCUUUGAUUACUGUUCUUUUCAUCAAAGAUCAACUCAAUCGAGAUAAAUCAAAUUCAGAAAUAACAUAAUUAACAGAACAAUUGUACAAUGUAUUUGAAUGAAUAAUUGUAAACUAUAAAUAAACAUAAAAUUUAUAAGA